UUAAGGCAAUAAAAAAUGGGAUUUUUGAGGGGUUUUGAAGGGAUUUUCCUGCUGUUUCCCCCCCCCCAGGAGCCCUGUCCCCAAAAAGCCACCCUGGCCAAGGUGGUGCCGACCCCCAACAAUGGCUCCGUGGAGUUGGUGCCAAUCCACAGGGAGCAGGGUGAGGAUGGGCAGGAAGCGCUGAGCUUUGAAUUCCAGAAGAUCAAAUAUUCCUAUGAAAUCCACGGGAAAAAACAAUUUCUGCCCGUGGCAUUCCCUGUGGAGCAUCCCUUGGGAUUCUACCAGAAUUCCAGAGGCUUCCAGGAGGAGCAGGAAAUCCGAGAGGCCGAGAGGAAAUACGGGAAUAACAAGGCAGAAAUGGUGGUGCCAGAAUUCCUGGAGCUGUUCAAGGAAAGAGCCACGGCUCCGUUCUUCGUGUUCCAGGUGUUCUGCGUGGGGCUGUGGUGCCUGGACGAGUUCUGGUACUACAGCGUCUUCACCCUGUCCAUGCUCGUGGCCUUCGAGGCCUCCCUGGUGCAGCAGCAGCUCCGCAACCUCUCCGAGAUCCGCAGGAUGGGCAACAAGCCCUACAUGAUCCAGGUCUACAGGAACCGGAAGUGGCGCCCGAUUUCCAGCGACGAGAUCAUCGCGGGGGACAUCGUCUCCAUCGGCCGCUCCCCCCAGGAGAAUUUGGUGCCCUGUGACCUCCUCCUGCUGCGGGGCCGCUGCGUGGUGGACGAGGCCAUGCUGACCGGGGAGUCCGUGCCGCAGAUGAAGGAGCCGGUGGAGGGGCUGAGCCCCGAGCGCGUGCUGGACGUGGGCGCGGACGGGCGCCUGCACGUCCUGUUUGGGGGCACGCGCGUCAUCCAGCACCUGCCGCCGCCGCGCGCCUCGGCCGGCCUCAAACCCGUGGAUAACGGGUGCCUGGCCUACGCCCUCCGCACCGGCUUCAACACCUCCCAGGGAAAGCUGCUCCGGACGAUCCUGUUUGGGGUGAAGAGGGUCACGGCCAAUAACCUGGAGACCUUCAUCUUCAUCCUCUUCCUCCUCGUCUUCGCCAUCGCCGCUGCCGCCUACGUGUGGAUCCAGGGCACCAAGGACCCCCGGCGGAACCAGUACCGGCUCUUCCUGGAGUGUGCCCUGAUCCUGACGUCCGUGGUGCCCCCCGAGCUGCCCAUCGAGCUCUCCCUGGCCGUCAACACCUCCCUGAUCGCCCUGGCCAAGCUCUACGUGUACUGCACGGAGCCGUUCCGGAUCCCCUUCGCAGGGAAGGUCCAGGUUUGCUGCUUCGACAAAACUGGGACCCUGACCAGCGACCACCUGGUGGUGCGAGGGGUGGCCGGGCUCAGGGAAGGCAAGGAGGUGCUGCCAGUGUCAGAAAUCCCCCUGGAGACUCACCGGGCCAUCGCCUGCUGCCACUCCCUGGUGCAGCUGGAGGACGGGAGCAUCGUGGGGGACCCUCUGGAGAAAGCCAUGCUGACAGCCGUGGACUGGACCCUGACCAGAGAUGAGAAAGUUUUCCCGAGGAGUCUAAAAACUCCGGGAAUGAGAAUUCACCAGCGCUUUCAUUUCUCCAGUGCCCUGAAGAGGAUGGCGGUGCUGGCGUCCCUGGAAAACGCCUCCGGAGAAAUCCGAUACCUGGCGGCCGUCAAGGGCGCUCCUGAGACCCUGCACGCCAUGCUAUCCCAAUGUCCCAGCAACUACCACGAGAUCCAUCGGGAAUUCUCACACGAGGGCGCGCGGGUCCUGGCCCUGGGCUACAAAGAGCUGGGAGCCCUGAGCCACCAGCAGGUGCGGGAGAUGAAGAGGGAAUCCCUGGAAUGUGACCUGAGAUUUGUGGGAUUCAUCCUGGUCUCCUCCCCACUCAAAGCCGACUCCAAGGCCGUGAUCCGGGAGAUCCAGAGCGCUUCCCACCACGUGGUGAUGAUCACAGGGGACAGCCCGCUGACGGCCUGCCACGUGGCGCGGGAGCUGCACUUCCUGCAGAAGGAGAGGAUCCUGAUCCUGCAGCCCCCGGAGCAGCCCGGUACCCGCCGGGAAUAAAACGGGAAUAACACCGGGA